AUGAAUUAUUGCAAUGUAGGUAAAAGCUCGUGGCAAGAGCUGGUUGGCAUCAAUGGAGAAGCAGCAACACAAAUUAUUAUGAGAGAAAAUCCGAACGUGAAGGCUUUUGUUGUGGCAGAAGGAUCAGUGGUGACCAAUGAUUUCAAGUGUGACAGGGUGCGAGUCUUCGUUAACUAUCGGGGCAUUGUUACUCUAGUGCCCAAAAUUGGUUAA